AUGGCCGCGCUUAAGCGUGAGAGGGAAGAGGCAGUAGCUUUCUCAUCACGCGUCGCCAAACGCGGCAAACCCUCAGAAGAGCCAUUAAGACUGCUCUCUUUGCCUUCUGAGAUUCGCGCUCUCAUCUUGCGUGAGCUGCUCACUUCCGACGAACCACUAUUUUAUGAUCGGGAUCGAAGCAAGCCACGGCCGCAGCUUUGGCCCAAAGUCCUUCAGACAUGCAAGCAGGUCUACGAGGAAGGCCGGCAACUGCUCUAUUCUAAUGCCCUCGGUAUCCACAUAGGAAAUCCCAAUCCCGUAGGCAUACGAGUGAUGAAAUAUCCAAUAGGCCCACGCGAGUACGGACGAUGGGUGGUCAAAGAAGCGCGUACCCACGUUCUGGCACACAGCUAUGAUCUCGACUCCAGUCGCAGUCAACUAGGUAUCAAUGUGGUUGAAGGGUUUUCGAAGAUCAGCAUACGGAUUCGCUUAGACGACAGCAACGAUAUGGAAACACUGCGCUUGGCUUUGGAAAACAUCGUUCGCGAGGCUCCCGAAGGUCCGAACUGGGCCCACAUCAGCUUGGUCCUUGAUGGAGACGACCGUAUUGUCGACGAAACGACUUGGAGGAACUUCACAUGGGACGACCAAAAUUUUGUCCCACGUUCCAGAAUACCAGCCGGGCGUGAUGAGUACGAGUCUGAGUUAGACAUCAUCGCUGACGAGCCAAACAAUGGCAACAAGCAGCCGCGUCAUCUAUCAUCAUACAUAUUGCAACCACUUCUGCGGUGGCGAGAGCGAGAACUCGGUGACUGCGUUGGUAUAGCUGGCGAUAUAGCCGAGAAGCUGCGUAGCCAAAUGCGAAUGCCAAUGUCUGGUCGGAUUCAGCAUCUCGACAUUAUGCUCGAUGAGCUCCGAGAUUACUGCUUCGGCAUAUUGGGGCGUCCAGACCCAAAGGAAGACUAUACAGCUUGGGACGAUGACACACUCGGCGCGGUCACUUACGGGGGUCGUGCAUGGUCGAUCGAAGACUGUGGCGUGGAUGCCGUGCCGCUGUUGCGACUGAAGACUCUGCGCGUUUCCUCCGCCAACGACGGAUUGUUCUGGAUAUGA